AUGGAAGUAAUCUCGAGUAACUCAACUGCAGCCAGCGGGUCAGAUUGUUCGUUACAGUACCGCGCGUUUUGCGUGCGUUCUGGUAAUGUCGUCGCGCUUGGAAUGCAGAAAAAUUUGAUUUUAAACUGCGCCGGUAUGACAUUAUUUCGGGUUUUUCAGGGUAGUCUAGAGGUUUUGGGAUUCCAUCCGCCGCUGGGCGUGUAUUUCUCGCUGCAUUCACCCAAAUGGAACAAUUUGCUGAUGAUCGAAGGUCGAUCUGGCAACGAAAGGACUCAGGCACCUUUCAGCCCAGCGAGUGCCAGUCUGUUGCAAUUGAUGGAGCCAAAUCUGCCUGCAGAAGCUGUGAACGAGGACGAAGAGAUUGCUGCAGACAAUCUUGCAAUGCGACUCGUAAACGAUUAUCCUAUUGUAUUAGUGCUCCGAGCCAUUCCUCUUACAUAUGGCAAUGUAAUGAGCUUUUAUGAGAAUACAAGGCCAACGAAGUCGCCAGCAAUCCUCCCAGGGUUUAAAAUUAUUGUUUCGAAAUCAAACCAUAACAUGAUGAGUGCUCUUACUAAAAAGUUUGACAACAAAAGUGCUACAUCUCGAGGGAUAGAUUCUCCGCAUGAGAGUAAGACCUCGGAGCGAGUUUUGGCCGAGCUUGUGGUAACAGAAUCUUUUAAGACUGUGAACAUUACAGAGCCCUGGCAAGCCACGGUGAAUACACUUGUAUCAAGUCUGUUGGCAAAGGGAGCGACGGCUUCGCAAAAGAUUGUUGUUUGUGGUGGUAAGCGUGUGGGAAAAUCUACCUUUUGCAGGUACCUAGUAAACACAUUGCUUUCAAAGUUCAAAAUUGUAGCAUUUUUGGAUACUGACUUGGGACAAAGCGAGCUUACCCCGUCGGGUCUUGUGACACUUCAUGCGCUAACUACUCCACUGCUGGGACCGGGAUAUUCUGACAUGAAGAAUCCAAUUCGUUCAUUUUUUUGUGGUAAUACAAACCCAGGCAAUGAUCCAUUGUACUUCAUAAAGGCAAUUAAGAGCUUGCUACGAUUGUACGACAUAAAGUGGUCAAGUCAUAGUAGAAGCUCGAGCUCCAGCGACAAACAGAGUGUUCCGCUCAUUAUAAACACCGAUGGAUGGAUCAAAAGCAUGGGGCACGACUUGCUUUGCAAAGUCAUCCAGGAAACAAACCCCGACCACGUUGUGCAGCUUGUGGCUGCAACGAAGAACAAACAGUUCGAUGUCCCAAACGAUGGCACGUGGCGCAUCCAUGUUGUUCCGCCUUGGGAUCCUGUUGGCCUGACACAACCACCGCGAAGCUCAAAGGAGCUUCGUGCUUACCGAUUACACACAUACUUUCUGUCUCGCGUCCCCUGUGCUCUUCCGCGAUCUUUACUGCAGAACCUUCAAGUACUAUCCGAGAAAAAUCGCGUCGAUAGCGAUAUUUACCGCGCGUAUGCUCAACUUUCACCUUUCGUUGUCUCGUUUGACAGCGUCGAUGUUGCCUUUGCGGGCUCCUCCGUGGCACCAAGCCAGCUUUUGUUUUCGCUCAAUGCCUGCGUUGUUGGUCUUUGUGUAAACCCUAGUUACAAACCUAUCAAAUAUGACAAGUGCGAGCAGCGUGAAGGACCACCUCGUAUCGUGUUACAGCCAGUUCAUGCUCCAUGUCUGGGUGUUGGCAUUAUUCGCGCUGUGGAUGCUGAGAAACGUCUUCUUUUUCUUCUUAGCCCCCUACCGCUGUCUGCGUUAAAACGAGUUAAUCUCUUGGUUCGCAGCAGCAUGCUACUCGAUGGUAUCAUGUCAUCUGCACACCAGAGUGCUCAGACUCCAUACGUUGUUACCGAUGUCGUUGCUUCGGAGGGCACGGGGUCUGCCGUCAUGCAAAGUCGCUACAACUUAAAGCGGAAGCGUGAUGGCAAGUAA